AUGCACUCUCAGGACUUCGCAGCCCCCUACUGCCUGCCUUCACCUUCAGAGAGCCUGGCCCACCUCUCCGUCUACAGAUGCUUCCUCCAAGCUGUGCUGCCUGAUGGGGGUUCCAGAGCCGGCCCGGGGGAGCCGGCGGGGCGGGGCCGCCGCGUGCGCUCCCCCUCCCCGCCCGCCCGCCGGCUGUCUUCUCCUGCUCUAGCCGCCCGGGCUCAGAGCGGCGGCAGCAGCGGCCGCGGCAACAGCUCCGGCUCCAGCUCCGACUCCUCCGGGUUCGGCCUCGUUCGGCACCGCGUUCCCGGGCCGCGCGCCCCAACCCCGCCGCUGCGCCUGCUGGGGGCCUCGGGAGGCCCCGCCGCCCGCCUCACGCUGAAGUUCCUGGCCGUGCUGCUGGCCGCGGGCAUGCUGGCGUUCCUCGGUGCCGUCAUAUGCAUCAUCGCCAGCGUGCCCCUGGCGGCCAGCCCGGCGCGGGCGCUGCCCGGAGGCGCCGACAACGCUUCGGCGGCCUCGGGCGCCGCCGCCGAGUCCCAGGGUCCGCAGCGCAGCCUGAGCGCGCUGCACGGCGCUGGCGGCUCGGCCCGGCCCCCCGCUCUGCCCGGGGCGCCGGCGGCCAGCGCGCACCCGCUGCCUCCCGUACCCCUCUUCAGCCGCUUCCUGUGCACGCCGCUGGCGGCCGCCUGCCCGUCGGGGGUUGAGCAGGGCGACGCGGCGCCGGGCGAGCGGGAGGAGUUGCUGCUGCUGCAGAGCACAGCGGAGCAGCUGCGCCAGACGGCGCUGCAGCAGGAGGCGCGCAUCCGCGCGGACCAGGACACCAUCCGCGAGCUCACAAGCAAGCUGGGCCGCUGCGAGAGCGGCCUGCCGCGCGGCCUCCAGGACGCCGGGCCUCGCCGCGACACCAUGGCGGACGGGCCGUGGGACUCGCCCGCGCUCAUCCUCGAGCUGGAGGACGCCGUGCGCGCCCUCCGGGACCGCAUCGACCGCAUCGAGCAGGAGCUUCCAGCUCGAGUGAACUUCUCAGCUGCCCCUGCCCUCGCACCUGCCGUGCCCACCGCCCUGCACUCCAAGAUGGAUGAGCUGGAGGGGCAGCUGCUGGCCAAGGUGCUGGCGCUGGAGAAGGAGCGUGUGGCCCUCAAUCACAACAGCCACCGGCAGCGGCAGGAGGUGGAGAAGGAGCUGGACGCCCUGCAGGACCGUGUAGCCGAACUGGAGCAUGGGUCCUCGGCCUACAGCCCCCCCGAUGCCUUCAAGAUCAGCAUCCCCAUCCGUAACAACUACAUGUACGCCCGUGUGCGGAAGGCGCUUCCUGAGCUCUACGCCUUCACCGUCUGCGUGUGGCUGCGGUCCAGGUCAGGUGGCACUGGCCAGGGCACCCCCUUCUCCUACUCAGUGCCAGGACAGGCCAACGAGAUUGUGCUGCUGGAGACGGGCCAUGACCCCAUGGAGCUGCUGAUCAAUGACAAGGUGGCCCAGUUGCCCCUGAGCCUGAAGGACAACGGCUGGCACCACAUCUGCAUUGCCUGGACCACAAGGGAUGGCCUGUGGGCUGCCUACCAGGACGGGGAGCUGCAGGGCUCCGGUGAGAACCUGGCUGCCUGGCACCCCAUCAAGCCUCAUGGGAUCCUUAUCCUGGGCCAAGAGCAGGACACCCUGGGCGGCCGGUUUGAUGCUACCCAAGCCUUCGUGGGUGACAUUGCCCAGUUUAACCUGUGGGACCAUGCCCUGACACCUGCCCAGGUCCUGGGCAUUGCCAACUGUACUGGGCCACUGCUGGGCAAUGUCGUCCCCUGGGAAGACAAGCUGGUGGAGGCCUUUGGGGGUGCAACAAAGGCCACCUUCGAUGUCUGCAAGGGGAGGGCUAAGGCAUGAGGGGCCACCUCGUCCAGGGCCCCUCCCUUGCCUGCCAAUUUGGGGACCUUACAGGAGGGGGGCACAUUCCCUCCACAGCCUACCCACACACUGGCCUCCCCUUCUGCCUCACUCCUGGCCAUGCCUCUCAUUUCCCCACCUACACCCCACCUCCAGAAUGCCCUGCCCUGCCGUGGCUGUCUCCUGAUCCCACUUGGAUGGGGACAGGCAGCUCAAGUUAACAGGCCAAGCCUAGGGUGAGUCCAGAGCCUUAUGGGGGGUGGGGGUAGCAGUGCCCAUGGCUCUGCCCACCCUCCUGGCAUGAUAAUGGCACCAUCUCUCACGCCCACCGCACCCUGUUCCAUCAACCACAUCUGAUCCCACUGACCUCAACAGUCUCUCCGCCGGGGUUGCGUUGGGGGUAAGGCCCACUAUCUCAGUGGCAGGGGUGGCCAUCUGCCCCCCGUUCCCCAUGCAACAGGCCUGGCCUCUUCCCCUUCAGGACAACAGGUUGUAUAGCUGUUCCCCCACUGAGAAGGGGAUGACAGAGACAUGAGACUCAGACUCACCCCUCCUUCAUCUUUCCACCAGCUGACGGUCAAGAGCAGUGGGAUCUUGAUGGAGCCUCUCCCCCCACCCCCACCCCACCCGCACACUCACCCUCUCUCUGUCUUCUCUUUCCUUGUUUCUUUGUGCGCAGUGGAUUGAAUGUUGGUUUCAUGCCUGUCCCAGCCCCACCUCAAUUUCCAGGACAUUCCCUUCCUUUCCCGGAGCUCUGGCCUGGAGAGUUAGGGACCAAGACCCCAGGAGGCCAAAGGGCCAUAGUCACCCCUUGUGCCCACGUACAGCUGUGCCCAUUGCUGGCAUAGUCACCUCUGUGGCCAGGACAAGGCCUGGGCCACUUCAGCCUGAGCUGGGAGCAGCAUGGAGCAGAAGCACUGUGCCCCAGGGGACCCAGGCUCUGGCAGAGCCACAUCACCUACAACCUCUGCAUGGCCCUGCAGCCUCUGGGGAAGGAAGGGAGGGAGGGAGGGAAACAGGGAGGGAGGGAGGAAAGAAGCUGAGUGAGCAGGGAGUAGUGUGCAGAGCGCUGGGUAAGGUGGAGGAGCCUCUGGUUCCUAGCCAGCCCAGGCCUUCUAUAAAUCCCUGCCCUCUCUGGGCUGGCCUUCCUCAUUUGUGAGCUGAGGCUUUGCUUUGGUUAUUUCUGAGCUCUCCAGACCAAACAUGAGAUGGUCUGUGAUUCCAGGUGGAUAAGGUGGGCAAGACUGAGAAUUUUCCUGGUGACCGAGAGAUAUAGCAGGGGUAGGUCCCGGGACUGGGCAGCAGAUGGGAUCUUGCUAGGCAUGAGUCAGUCAGCAGCUGGCCCCAGAGAGUCAGAGGCAAGGGCAAGGGGCAAGAUAGACUAACCUCAUGCACAGAUCAUAAAAAUCAGCUUUUCUGGCUCCCCCCAGCCUGGUACCCUUGCCUAUCUGAGAGUGUCUUAAAGGCUGGUGGCUUCCUGGUCCCCACGCUUGAGCCUUCACCAGCUCCCCCAAGAGAAUGGAAGAAUGUCAAACCUGAGAAAGCCACCCAGUCUGACUCCUUACUUGUACAGAUAGGGAAGAGCUCAGAGAGGGCAAGUGACUUCCACAGGAUCACACAGCACAAUGGAGCAGAGCCAAGAAUAGAACCCAGGACUCUGACUCCCUCUUCAGUGCUCUUCCCCCAUCAUACUGCCUGCCUAUGAGGGUCUUUGAGUCCAGCCUACACUAGAGGAUGGACAUUUGAGAGGUCAAAAUGCUCUUCAACAUGACCACUGGAGUAUCCUCCUUUACGAACCACACAUCUUAGCAUCCCGUAUCUCCUGAGAGGUGUGAUCCCCCGGCACUCUGGGAGGAAUGGAGAGCUGAGAACCCAGGUGUCUGGGCAGCUGCAGGCUACCUGACUCAAGUGGGCUCUGGUGCCUUUGCCCUCCUUUUUGUUCCCUGCCUCUUCCCCCCAUGAUCGCUUAGUCUGAGGCCUGGUACAAGAGCUGCAGGCUCUGGGCCCAGUGUGGGACCAGUGCCGUGGAGAUUUCUCUGAGAUGCAGUCCAGCACCCAGAUCCCGCUUUCCAUUUCAAGAGCACCUCCAGCCCAAAUCCCCCUAGAAGGAGCAAUGGCGUGCUUCAGCCAGAACCUGUUGAGGUCUCGGUUGCCCUGGUAACGGCAAUGACAUCAGCCCAAGUGCUCGGUCAAGCAUCUCAUAGUGACAUACACUGUUGCUGGGGUGAUGGCAGAAUUUGGAACUUAAAUUUUAGGGACACUGGACGCUGGGCUUUAUUAGGUUUCUAUUUUUGUUUUUUAAGGAAGCAGCUUUUGUGGAGGCCUUGGGGGAAAUGUGGGGGUUCACAGGACUUAUUUGAUCACUUGAGUCCACCCAGGCAUCAUCCCAAGUCCUUUCUGCUUUGUUAUGGGGAUGAUGAGACUUCUGACGUUUGUGCUGAGUGACCUUGGUCAGCCCUCCAGAGGGAACAGGAACAAAUUGGAGAUGUUGGGGUGCAAGCUCGGAGUCUAGACCACUGGUGAGUGGCCUGGACCCCCAUUUCCAUUCCAGGAAAAUGGAAGCCCCAAAGUCCCCAUCCCUCCAUACAUUUGCUGAGUGCCUGCUGUUUGGACUUCAGCUUUGAUCUUCAGCUGCUCCGGGGCACAGCCAAGAAGACAGGGGAAGAGGAGCUAGAGAUGGUGUUCGGUUGCCUCCCCAAACCGCUCCCGUCUGCUAGCGAUGCUGGAGCCCCAUGUUUAUUACUUCCUUUUUAAGUGUCAGGCUCCGUGCUCAGUACUCCAUGGGCACCAUCUCGUUUAUCCUCAUAACACAGUUAUAAGCUAGGACUAUUAGCCCUAUCGUAUAAAGAAGAAAACUGGGGAACAGAGAGGUUAAGUAACCUGCCCAGUGUCAAUCAGCCAGCAAGUGAUGGAGCCCAGAGUUCAAACCAAGGCAGGUUACAUCGAGGGCCCACCCCUCAGGCCAAGGGGAGUCACCGCCACUCUGUGGACUGGCAGUUGAGUGUCAUUGCUCCUGGUGUGUUUUGGCCUGAAGGCAUGUGCCUAAUCCCAUUCACCACCCCAUAGAGCUUGAGGUGGAGGAACAGAGGCCUGGGAUGGGCCAACUCCAGGGGAAGGGGCCCCUCGGGUGAGGCUGUGGGAGGGGUCUCAGUCCCUUCAGGAAACGUGUCCCUUUGCAGUGUGCCCACCACUCUACUGGCUGGCAUUUCCAGGAAAGCUGAAAGGGAAGAUGGACUGUCUACCAAAAGCCCCAGGCCCGGGAGGGGAGGAAACAUGUCAGACUCCUGCUUUGGGCCAAGCCCUGCCCCAGGUGCUUUGCAGCUCUUAUCUGCCAGAUUUUCCCACCUUUGUGGCAUGUUGUGCCCCAAGUCAACAUCCCAAGGGAACAGAUCACCUUGCCAUAAUUGUGUGUGACCUCGGACCACAGAUUUCUACAGAAGGGCUCAUAGAGGGGGUCAAAGCCCUCGUUUUACCGAUGAGGACACGAGGGCCCACAGAAGGUGGGUCCCAAGGGACACCGGGAGACCUGAGCCCAGCUUCCUGACUGCAAUCAGUGCUCUCUCCACGAUGCAGUGGCCCUCUCUCCCUCCUCCCAGAGAUGGGAUCAUUUUGUCCACCCCCUUUAUCUCAGCUGCCUGCUCUCCCAAACCCCACCUCCACCGUGACCCUUGACCUCUGACCCUGCUGGGUGGAGACAGGCCUCGUGGGCCCCGGCUGAACAGUGAACAAGCAUGUAUAGCUGUUGGACGUUGUGAAAUGAGUACACCCUAAUGGCUAUCCACCCCCUUCCUCUCCUGCUGGCCUGAUUUUGUACAUAAAGUGACAGGAGAUGCAAUGUGUGUGUAUGUGUGUGCGUGUGUGCGUGUGAUAUGUCAUGGAUUUUGUUACUUUUUUGUUUUUGUAAAGUUGAAUGUUCACAAUAAACAUGAUGUUUACUCUGAG